AUGUUUUAAUUGAAAAACUUUUAUUUUCUAGUCAACUUUUCUAGUUAAUUUUUAUUUUCAAGUAUAAUUGAUAAUUACGUUGAAUUAAUUGUGUUAGAUCCCCACCACUUGAUUUUCUUUAGUUGUUUAUAUUAUGAUGACUUUUAAGAGAAAGAUAGAGAAUAAAUAGCUAAGAAUAUUUUGUCUAAUACUAACCAGUGUUCGUAGUGAUUUUAGUGUUAAGGAAGCUAUAAAAUAUACAUUCGUGAGAUUUUUUAAACUCUGUACUUUUAAAAUUCCGUAGCAGGCACACAUCUAGUUAGAAAAUAAAAAAAAAACAAACCUACUGUCGAAAACAUGCGUGGAGAUCAGAAAUGGCCACCCGCCGAGGUGAAAAAAGCAAUGCAAGAAAACGAGGAACAAAUUAGGUCAAGAAACGAAACUAAAAAUCGACCACUUAAGGUUCACAAAGACUAUAGUAACUUUUUCGCCCAGCAUUCUCUGCGCGACACUUAUCCUGGUUAUAAAGCUCCUCCUGGUACUCAAUUUUUUGAAAUCAACUACCAACGUUGAAUCUCAAGACCAAACCAAAAAAUUUGAAAAAUGUAACUGCUCAUAAAUUUAAAUGACUUGUCGAAAAUAAAUCACUUUUAUUCUAAUUUUGUGAUCGCAUUAUUCACGGACUACCUUUCACAGAAAAAUAUCUUACUUGAGAAUUUUCAUUUGAAAAUACUUUUGUGAUCAGUAAAUAUCUAUCCAUUCUCAUUGCAUUAAAAUAAUUGUGUGAUCAUGAAACUUUUGAAUUACUCAAAAAAACGAGAGACUUUAUUAUCGUACCAACGCUUAUUCGAAUUACUUAUAUGCAUAAAAUCAUCCAUUACUUUACUUGUCACUUUUUUCGGUACAGAAAACCAUAAAGUAAAUCCAACAGCUAUUGAUUUCAAUGCAGAAAACCCCUUACUUUCAAUCAGCUGAUGAAGUUAAGUUGCGGCUUUUUUUAACUUGCAUAAAGAACGGAGCUUUCAGAUCAUCUGAAUGUCUACGUAUUUAUUUUAAAUAACAAGUAAAACUAGCUUACAGUUGAUGUAAUCCUUUUACGAAUAUCAUAUUGUGACAUGUUAUUUGAUAAUAGCAAAGCAUUAAAAACAUAAAACAGCUAAGAAAUAGUUGCACUCUGGCAUUACUUGAAAAGGCAUCGAGCAGAAGAAUUAAUAUCCAUCAAUAUCCUACAUAUAAUUAAAAUCAUUCUGAAAAUGAUCGUUUCAAGUAACUUGAUGUUCAACUCUUAUUUACUUAUUAUUUUGAAGAGCUUGCUUACUUGGAAUAUAUGCAGCUGCUUAGAAACAUAUACUUUAGAAUUCAACAAUUCGAUGAAAAUUGUAAAUACUUUGCCAGAUGAGUUCGUAUCCUUUGGAUUAGACACAUCUCUUUUGAGGAAUAUGUCUUUUUUACCGAUAGACCAAUCGAAAUUUAUUUUAUUAUUGAAACAUUUGAGCCCAGCAUAUUUAAGAGUCGGUGGAACUGCUUCGGACUGCCUUUAUUUCAACAAGGUAUUAGAAAAUGGAUUUAUUCAAUCGGACCAAUCUUACGUAUAUUCACAAGAUAUUAGUAAUUUUUCAAUAUCCAGUCAUGAUUUAAUCGCCAUUCAUGAGUUUUCCAAAAAAACUCAUUUAAGAAUGAUAUUUGAUUUAAAUGUUCUCAUAAGGAAAUCCGACUUUACGUGGGACAGUUCAGAUGCCCUAAAAAUUAUUUCAACGCUAAAAGAGCGCAAAGCACAAAACGUCGAUUGGCAAUUAGGAAAUGAGCCAAACUCAUUCCCGCACGUAUUUAACAUUAAAAUUUCUGCAUCUCAAUUAGCGAAAGAUCAUUGCAAGUUACGAGCUAUUUUGAAUUACAACAAUUUUAAAAAUAGUGCUCUGAUCGGUCCAGAAGUCAACCACAUUGAACAUUCGCGCAGCAAAGGCCAAAUUUACUUGAAAGAAUUUUUGAAAACAGCCAGUGAUUGUGUAGACUACGUUUCUUGGCAUCAAUAUUAUUUAAAUGGACGUACUGCUACGAGAGAAGAUUUUUUAAACUCCACUGUUUUCAACAUUCUUCCGGACCAAAUUGAUAUUAUUAAAAAUGUCAUGCGAUCUAACGAGAGAAACAUUCCAGUUUGGCUGUCCGAAACUGGAUCGGCUUUUGGCGGAGGAGCGCCGAAACUAUCCAACACUUUUGUCGCUGGCUUUUUAUGGUUGGAUAAAUUAGGAAUUAGCGCUAGAAAUGGCAUUAACGUGGUAAUAAGGCAAUCGGUGUUUGGUGGUGAUUACGCCAUGAUCGAAUCCGAUCUAACUCAAAAUCCAGACUGGUGGUUAGCUGUGCUAUUCAAGAAAUUCGUGGCAAAUAAAGUUUUUUCAAUCGACUCUACGGAUAAUUUACGCCUGUACGCGCAUUGCACCCCAAAAAAAGUUUCUUCUGGUAAAUCAUCUGGCGUCACAUUAUAUGGAAUGAAUUUGAAUAAUAAACCCAUACAAAUACGAUUGAGAAAUCUAUCUCAAAAAACCAAUGCUCACAUCUACGUUUUGACAUCCGAUGAUUUGCAAUCUAGAAAUACUUUUUUGAAUGGAAGAGUUUUAAGACUACAAGAAAAUGGGGACUUACCGGCAUUUCUACCUAUAAUUCAAGAUCUCAGAAAACCUAUUAGAAUACCAAAGACAUCAAUGUUUUUCAUCGUCAUCAAUAAUGCAAAAUUAACUCAGUGUUUUUCAAAAUAAAUAUAAAAAUACUACUAUCGAGGAGUAUGCAUCAAAUGGGAAGAGCAUAUCAAACGAGUUGCAACUAAAAUUUUCAACUAAAUAAUAAUAAAGAAAUGUUCUGCCCACAAAAUUUUGAACUUUAUUGAUUUACAGUUUUAUACAAAGACCCUUAGUUUUUUUUCGUAUUAAAAAUAACAUUGUUGUUACAUUUAUUCAUCAAUAACAGUAAUUUUCAAUAGAUUUAAAUUUUUUUCCAUAAAAAUAUUUUUUUUGUAAAAAUUUAGAUUAGUAGCAGAAAUUUACAUCUUUCUAAAAUGUUUUUUUCUUUUUUAAAGAUAAAUGCGCAAGAUUUUUAAAAUGAUUAUGUUUACAAAGAAACUAAUGUACAGACCAGUUGAAUACUUAAAUGUUUUUGCUGAUCAAUAAAGAAAAUAUACUUUAAUAAGUAAAAAUUUUUUUUGUAUUCAUUCUUUUUAGACUACAAAAAAAUUGUUUGUUCAAAAAAACUUAAUGCAUACACAGAUUUAUUCAUCUGUCAUGAAGAUUUCAGUAAAUACGUGGAAUUCUUAUGAAUUUGGAUUACCUGAAUAUGUUUAAAAAAUAUGUUUUUCAUUUAUAUUAAAGUUGUGUUAACAACACGCGUUGCACAAUAAUUAACCGUUUGAUUCAUAUGACCCGUAGAACAUUAUUCAUUAAAUUUAAUAAUAUAUUCAUAGCAAUAACGACAAUGCAUUUAUGGCAUUUAAAAUUACUUCUAUGUCUUCAGGACAAUCAUUAUCUGCUCUUUACAUAUUUUCGAAUUGGUCCACGCGCCUUUUUGUAUUACCUUUACGGAUUUCGCGAAGGGUUUUAUACUUAUCACGUCCUUGACGUACAUUUUCUCGAUGGAU